AUGGCUACUACGUUGUACAUGAUAAAUCACCUGAUGUUGGAGAAUUCAUUGAGCACUAAUUACAGCUUGUAUUAUUUGACGAAGAGAUUAAAUGAUAGGGUCUACAGUAAAAAUCUUCUUGCCGAUGACAAUGAUUUGCUUCAGUUGUUGGUGUCCCAGCCACAUUUUCCUGAGAUUUAUGUUGUCGAAGACGAGUCUAGUGGAGGAGUGUAUAUUCCUUCGUUCGAUCUCCCUCAAUUUUCCGCAUAUGGAGGUGAAUCUAAUGCAAUAUUCGAAGGUGGGGACGGAUUGGAAGCAAUCCAAAGAUAUGCUUAUUUAGACUUAUCAGCCGGAGAUUCACCAGCGCAAGAAAUUGUUGAACCGUCGAUCACUUGGGAUGAAGAAUAUGUUCCAUCGUUUGAAGCCGAGACUGAUACAAGCGUCUCUGAAGACUUGUCGGAGCCAGAGAACUUGAGAAGCGCGGGGAUUGAAUAUGCAGCGUCACUUGUGGAUAUUGAAGAUUAUCAGCUUCUACCUCGGGAGCUGUCAAAGAAUUCUUAUUUUAAUAGCAAAGAUGAUCUGAUCGUUGCAAUCGGUCUAUGGAACAUGGAACAGGGCAAGGAAUAUUCUAUCACCAAAUCAGACAACAGACGAAUUUACUUCAAAUGCAAGCAUUUAGAUAAGUGCCCCUUCAAGCUCAGUGCAUCGUCUCAAGAUGGAUCCAUUUGGGGUGUGUAUAAGUUUACCAAUGAGCACUCAUGCGACGGUGAUCUAGGGCGCGUAAAGCGAAUAAAGGCCCUCGCAAAAGUCGUUGCAGCAUAUUUGGCACAGAAAAUACAUGACGAUUGUGAGAUCUUGAAGCCGAAGGCCAUCAAGCUGGAGCUGCAACGUGAGUUUGGUGUACACAUCAAGUACGUUGUUGCAUUGCGAGCCCGUAAUCGAGCGACUGAGAUGGUUUAUGGUCGACAUGAUCAAUCCUUCAAGAUGCUGCCUAAGUAUUUAUACAUGUUGAGACAAUCCAAUCCCGGUUCGUUGGUGGAGUGGGAAGUUGACCCCGAUGGCCGAUUCAAACACUUAUUUGUUGCUCUUACAGCUUCGGUUAGUUGUUUCAUGUUCAACUUACGGCCAGUGAUUGUAGUCGACGGCACACACUUGAAGGGCAAGAAUAGGGGUAUUCUGUUUGUUGCAGUGACCAAGGACGGCAACGAGAGUUUAUUCCCGCUCGCGUAUGAUGUUGGCCCGAAAGAGAACGAUGAAUCGUGGAUGAAUGAGUUACCAAAUGCCACCCACGGCCUAUGCUACUACCAUUUGCAAAAUAACCUGAAGCAUUACGGUAAGGCCGUGGUAGAGUUGUAUCGACAAGCUGUAUUUGCGUACGAGAAAUCUGACUUCACUAGGGCUAUGAACGCCUUAAAGGUUAUGAAGAGAGCCGCGUACGAAAAACAAAUGGGGAUUGGGUCAGAAAAGUGGGCUCGUUCGAUGUGUCCUAUGCCUGUGCGACGGUACAGUUUUAUGACAUCAAAUGCUGCUGAAACUUUUAAUGCGAGAUUGUUGUGGGCAAGAAGACUUCCUAUCUGCUCAAUGUUAGAGGCAAUCAGACUUGUUAUUGAGAAAUGGUUCAGCGAGCGACUAAGAGCUGCACAACAAAGCGAUGAACCCUUGUCUGCUGAGGCCGGUAAAAGGGUAGCUAUUGAAGUCCAAAAAAGUCGUCGAUACACUGCACAAAGGUUGAGUGGCCGGAAGUAUAAGGUGCAAACUGGUGACAGAAGCUUUAAAGUGCAUCUGGAGAAGAAAAAAUGCGAAUGUCGAGCAUUUCAGCUAGACCAACUGCCCUGUUCUCAUUCAAUCGCUGCAAUAAGUGAGGCAAGUGAUACGAUCGCGGAGUAUGUAGACGAUUACUACACGAAUGAAUUUCUUAUCGAUUGUUACUCUGGCGAAGUUAAUCAUCUACCACCGAGACACCAGUGGUUGAUUCCCGAGUACAUCGCUGAGAGUGUUGUAUUACCUCUGAUUGUCACUAGACAAUCGGGGCGCCCAAAAGAAAGUAGACAUCGAGGUGGUGGUGAAGGUAACAACACACAAGCAGAGGAGUCUUCUAGUAUCAGGCGUCGUAAACCAAAGAAGUGCAGCAUCUGCCAUGAAGAAGGACACACCAAGAGAACGUGCGCUGGCAGGGCGACUGAGACCAGGGAGUAG